CGCCGCGAGGAGCCGCCGCUGCCGCCAUUAUGGGGAGGAAGUCGAGCAAAGCCAAGGAGAAGAAGCAGCGGCGGCUGGAGGAGCGCGCGGCCAUGGCCGCUGUCUGCGCCAAGGUCGAGGCCGCCAACAAAGUGAGUAUCCCCCUCGAAGCCUUCCCGGUGUUCAAGAAGUACGACAGGAACGGCCUGAACGUGUCCAUCGAGUGCCGCCGCGUGUCCGGCCUGGAGCCGUCCACCCUCGACUGGGCCUUCGAGCUGACCAAGGCCAACAUGCAGACGCUGUACGAGCAGAGCGAGUGGGGCUGGAAGGAGCGGGAGAAGCGGGAGGAGCUGCGGGACGAGCGUGCCUGGUACCUCGUGGCCCGCGAGGCCGGCGCCGGCCCCGUCGCCUUCUCCCACUUCCGCUUCGACGUCGAGUGCGGCGACGAGGUCCUGUACUGCUACGAGGUGCAGCUGGAGAGCCGAGUGCGGCGGCGAGGGCUGGGCAAGUUCCUGCUGCAGAUCCUGCAGCUCGUGGCCAACAGCACGCAGAUGAAGAAGGUGAUGCUGACCGUGUUCAAGCACAACCACGGCGCCUACCAGUUCUUCCGCGAGGCGCUGCAGUUCGAGGUGGACGCCACCUCCCCCAGCGUGUCCGGCUGCUGCGGGGACGACUCCUCCUACGAGAUCCUGAGCCGCAGCACCAGGUUCGGGGACCCCCACCCCGGGGGGGGGCCCUGCGCCGGCUGCUGCCACUGAGCCCCCAAAAACCCCCCAAAAAAACGCCCCCCGGGGCCCGCGGGGGACCCCCCGAACUGGGAACAGAAUCCCCCCUCCGCGCCUCUCCUG